CAAAGUUUUUUCGCUCGCUGUCUGUUGGCGCGACUCUUUGGAUUUAUGUGUCAGACAACAAGGCAUCUGAGCUAAAGUUUCUCAAAAUGAGACUCCCCGGGGUAUCUCACGUCGCCGAGUGCUGAGCACAACAGGCAGAAUCGUUUUUUUCUUGAGGCUGGUUGGUGAUAUAUGGACUUAUACAUGAUGAACUGUGAGCUUUUGGCAACAUGCAGCGCCCUUGGAUACCUGGAGGGAGAUGUCUAUCACAAGGAAACAGACUGCUUGGAGAGUGUGAAAGACUUGAUCAGAUAUUUACGCCAUGAAGAUGACACACGUGACAUCCGCCAGCAGCUGGGGGCAGGCCAGAUCCUUCAAAAUGAUCUUCUACCCAUCAUCACUCAGCAUGGGCAAGACAAGCCCUUAUAUGAUGCCUGCAUCAGGCUCAUGGUCAACCUCACUCAGCCCGCCAUGCUUUGCUUUGGUAAAAUUCCCGAAGAUCCGGCUUUUAGACAUCACUUUUUACAAGUGAUGUCUCAUUUGCAGGCCUAUAAAGAGGCAUUUGCAAGUGAGAGGGUGUUUGGAGUUUUGAGUGAGACAUUGUACAAUCUUCUGCAGCUGGACUGGGAGCAGAGACAAGAAGAAGAUAACCUGCUGAUAGAAAGGAUUCUGCUGCUCGUCAGGAAUGUGCUUCAUGUCCCUGCCAACGCUCAUGAGGAGAAGAACGUGGAUGAUGAUGCCAGCGUCCAUGAUAAGCUGCUGUGGGCCAUCCACAUGAGUGGUUUUGAUGACCUAGUCAAGUUCCUGGCGUCAGCCCAGAGCGAGCAGCAGUGGAGUAUGCACGUGUUGGAAAUCAUCUCCCUCAUGUUCAGAGACCAGACACCAGAAGCCCUGGUGAGCGCCGGUCAGGCUCGAUCAGUCCAAGAGAAGCAGAGAGACGCUGAGGAGCUGGACGCACUGAGGCAGAAGGAACAAGCACAAAAACGAUCUCGCAUGUUUCAGAGAGGCACCAGACAUUCUCGCUUUGGAGGGGCCUAUGUUGUUCAAGGUCUCAAGUCAAUUGGAGACAAAGAUGUGAUCUACCACAGAGGCAUUCAUAAUUUUAAACAUUACAGUCAUGACACAGGAAAGGCUGUGAGACGUGUCCCAAAGAAGAAUCAACGCGCACAGGAGUCUGAAGACAAACGCCGUUCAGCCUUAAAUGUGCGACUGUUUCUGCGGGAGUUCUGUCUGGACUUUCUGGAGAACUGCUACAACCGGCUCAUGUACCUCGUCAAGGAGAAUCUGAUUCGGGAGCAGGCUCAGCAGCACGAUGAGACCUACUACCUCUGGGCACUCAGCUUCUUCAUGGCCUUCAACCGUGGCAAUGGUUUCCGUGCCGACUUAGUGUCUGAGACCGUGACCAUCCGUGCUUUCCAUUUUAUUGAGCGCAACAUCACCAACUACUACGAGAUGAUGCUGACUGACCGCAAAGAGGCCACAUCCUGGUCUCGCAGGAUGCACUUGGCACUGAAAGCUUAUCAGGAGCUGCUGCAAACUGUGAAUGAGAUGGACUGCUCUCAGGAUGAAAACAUUCGUCAGAGCUCCAACGUGAUCAAAUGUAACAUAUUCUACCUGAUGGAAUACAGGGAGAUUUUCCUGACCUUGCUACGGAAAUUUGACGAAACUAGACAGCCAUCCUCCUUCCUCAAAGAUUUGGUUGAGUCGACUCAUCUCUUCUUGCGCAUGCUGGAACGCUUCUGCAAAGGCCGCAAAAACCUGAUGGUGCAGAGGAAGAAAGCAAAACGGAAGAAGGCUCGAGGCCAAAAAAAGCCAACUGUAGAAACGACCCCAGAGGACCUAGAGGAGACCUGGAAGAUGGUGGAAGAGGAGCUGAGGGCCACAGGGUUCCAGCUGUCGGAGGGUUUAACUGAAAGCAUCGUGCCAUUUGAUGCUACAUCUGAGACCCCGCCUGAAGAGCAGCGGGCCGAAGCUAUGGUGCGGGUGCAGGAUGCCCUGCUUGCCAAACUGGGACCCGAGGCUCUGGGACUGCUGCGUGCAGCCAGGGAAGUGUGGCCAGAGGGAGAUGUGUUUGGUUCAGCUGAUGUGGAGCCUGAGGAGGAACUCGAGCUCCUCAAGCAGAUCCUUCAUGCCAACCUGCCAAGGCAGUCUCCACCUGAGCCUGGGAUGGAGGAGGAGGAUGAUGGAGCAGAGUUUGAGGAGGAAGAAUUAGAAUCUGUCCAGGUUUCUGAGACAGAGUUCAACUUCCUAGACUUCAUGAAGAGGUUUGCCAACCCCAACAUUGUGCGCCCAUACCUCCUCCUACUAAAAACAUACUCCAAAAACACACCACAUACAAACCACUGCAUAGCACGUAUGUUACAUCGCUUGGCAGUUGACCUGAAGAUGGAGGCCCUGCUGUUUCAGCUGUCUGUCUUCCACCUCUUCAACAAGAUCCUGAGUGAUCCUGCUGCAGCUGCUUAUAAGGAGCUGGUGACCUUUGCCAAGUAUGUGCUGAAACGUUUCUUUUCCCUGGCAUCAGAGAACAGCAAGGCGUUUGUAGAGCUGCUGUUCUGGAAGAAUGUAGGGGCUGUUCGCGAGAUGACCGAAGGCUAUAGCAAAGAUGGAGUGAACUCAAAGAAAAACGCAACAUGGACAGAAGAGGAGGAAGAGGAGUUGCGUAAGCUGUAUGAGGAGCACCGUGACUCUGAAGUGCCUGACAUAGUGGAGACGCUGCUACCACUACUAAGUAACAGCGACCGUACACGUCGCCAGGUAGUGAUGCAGUUGGUGCAUAUGGGCCUGGUAGACAACGCCAAAGAGCUGAAGAAACAGAAAAAAGGUACCCGGAUUGUUCUUUGGACUGAAGAACAGGAGCAGGAGCUGCAGAUGCUUUUUGAGGAGUACCGAGACUCUGACGAUGUGUUGGGGGAUAUCCUGAAGAAGCUGACAGCCAAGCGCUCGCGUGCACGUGUUGUGGACAAGCUGCUCAGCAUGGGCCUGGUGUCUGACAGACGAGAACUCCACAAGAAGAGGAGUCGCAGAGCUCAAGGAAAGAGCUCCGGAAAGGGGAUGACUGAAGAAGAGUUCCUAGCCGGCUUAACGAAUGAUUUCCCAGAAGAUCCUAUGGACAGAGAUGAUGACGAGGAAGAGGAUGAGGAUGAGGAUGAGUUUGAAGAGAGUGAUGAAGAGGUAGAAGAGGAGGGGAGGAAAGAAUCAGGCGAUGGAGGAAGGAAGAGCAAAAGCAUCAACUCCAGUGUUGGGAAGAGUGCAGAUGUUGGCCCUAUGGUGUUGGCUCUACAAAAAGAAGGCAUGUCUGGACCCCUGCUCUGGCUGCAGAAUCGUCUUAACAAAACAGCAGAGGACCGUGACGAAGAUGGCUUCUCUCAGCCGGUGCCACUCGUUCCUCUCAUGGAAGAGAAUGAAGAGGCCAUGGAGAAGAAGAGCUUCCAGAAGCUUCUACGCAAACUGGGAAUACGUGCACCGGCAAAUGAACAGGAGAUCUUUUGGAGGAUUCCAGCAAAGAUGAGCCCAUCUCAGCUACGGGGUGCAGCUGCAGCCCUUAGCCCCAGAGACGAGCCGACAGGAGGAGGCGAGGAGCCAGAGGGACAUGGGAGUCCGCCCAGGGAACAUGAAGAGGGGUCGGCCUCGGACGAACAGAGAGCCCAGGCUCUCAGAGCGCUGCUGCUUGCACGCCAAAGGAGACACCACUCAAGUGAGCACGCAGAUGUAACCCCUGCUGAGGAUGCAGAGUCAGAGAGCGACCUUAGGAGGUCCCCGAAGGAGAAGACCUCAACUAAAAGAAGCAGAGUGUUGGACGAGGUUGAGGAGAACGAGGAGGACUCCAUCCUCGUGAUGGAUAUGGAUGGUGAUGGUGAUGCAGAUUCAGACAAAGACGAUGUCUCUGCUCCUGCCAAACGGAGGAGAAAAAUGGCGCUGAUUGAUGAUGAUGAUGAUGAUGAUGAAGAUGAUGGCCUGUAGACAAGCUUUAAAUGUGCUGUGGAGACUGCAGACAUGAGAGACACAGACCUCCCUCUUUUUCCUCAGUUUAGAGGGUUUAGCUCUCUUGAGUUGAGGCCAGGUGCAGAGAAAAGACACUGAAAAAAUCAUACACACACCGGUCUGAAUCGACUUGAUUAAGAUGUUGUUCUACUUCAAUAUUUUUUUUUAUUCUGCCAACACUUUGAUAAGCAGUUGACCACAACCUUUUUGUAGUUAUGUUUGUAAAAUCUGCCUCUUUUGUCAUUCUCCUUCUUCUUGUAUCUCAAGGACCAGCCAGCAGGGACAUUGUACAGGUAAUGCACUUAAAAAUUUGUUGCAUCAGACAGGCUUCUUUUUAUAAUCCAACAAUUUCAGGUAUAAUCAGGAACGUAGUUUGGGUAAAAUAAUAUUUGUGCAUGCAAAUGUCAUCGUUUUAAGUAUUUUUUUCAUGUUGAAUUAAGAAUUUGGAGUAAAACUCAUGCAUACUGGUGAAUAAAUAGGCACUCUUGUGGAAGUUGUUGCAUACUGGCUUAUUUUCCGAGUCACAUUGUUGCACCAUCCCGUUUCAUCACUAGAGGGCAGAUUGACAUUGGCUCAUUACAUACUGUUUAUGGAUUACAUUGGGGAUUACCUUUGAAUACUCAGAUCUGAAGUAUGCCUUAAUUUUACACUUCAUCUGAGUUAUUUUGAAUUUUCAUCAUGUGUAAAAUGUAUUUGAUGCUCCUUUGUAAAUCCAGCAGAUACACUUAUUUGUCAAACUGUAUUGUGAACAAACCUUUUAUACUUGUACGUCUGUGCUGAGUGACCCAGAUCUCAAGAAUCUGUUUGUCCUGA